GCAAACCCAAUCGAAGAUCGGUCGGAAAUGCAAGUGGUUCCAAUUCCAGAACCUACCAAAAGGAAAGGCUGUUCCCCCAUCGAUCACAGGCUCAACUAAUAUUUCCAGACACAAGCAAAACCUACAAGAAAAUGUCCUUCAAUACAUGUGCCUGUUCCUAUGGCUGUGGCUGUGUAGGUAAGCCAAAAACCGUUGAGGAGCAGCCAGAAGGGCAAGACUCAAGCAGCCGUAAAGCUGCCCAGAAAGAACCCACAAAGGGAAAGUCCAGACUGCCAGCGUCAGCGCACACAUCCGACGAUGAGAAGGAAGGCUACCGAUACGGACACUUGGUUGGACGACAGCUGACCCCGUACGAGUGCCAGCUGGAGGACGAAUUGCAGCAGCUGCAGGAGGCACUCUUCACCCUCACAUCGCACUAUGCCAAGGUGCAGUUCCGCUUGCGCCAAAUAGCCGCCGCCUCGGACUCGGAGCGGAUUGCGCUGCUCAAGGAGCUGGAGCGCAUGACCAGCGAGCCACUGGAUGGAUCUGCUCGAGAGCAGCAGGAAAAGCUGCCCACGCUGCAGUCGGAUGCCUCGACAAUGGGCAGUGUGCGGGUCAAGCAGCACAAGAUCAUUGCACAGCUGCGGGGACGUCUCAAGAGCCUGGCCGCUGCGGUCGACGAUUACUUUGUGACGGACAGAACGGCGCAGAGUCGUGGCGAGACCACUGGGGAUAGUGCGGAUGGAUACGAAGAGGAUUAUGGCUUGGAGGGAGAAGAACUGCAGGGCAAUGCUUCCAGAGGUACGUUUCUCUCCGAGGCUUGGUCGGACACCAUCUACGCGGACACCGAUAAUGAGGGGCAGUCAUCGCCUUCCAAAUCAAAGUCAAAGCAUCGCAAGGGCAAAGGCAAGAGCAAGGGAGGCAAGAACGCCCUAGGGACACCGAGAGCGCAACCAGGACAUGGCGGCGCUGGUGAUAGACAUACCCGUGGCGAAUGCAGCAAAGAUUGUCCCUCGUACAAAGCGCGCAGAAAGAGUGGUUCAUCCAGCAGAAGUACACCCAGAAAUACAUCAAGCAAGAAGGAUGUGUCCCCGAAUCCCGGCAGACUUUACUCUGUCUUAAGUGAAACGCACUACAAACGACACACGGGCGAUGGGCUGGCCGUGAACAAGGUGCGAUCUACAGCCAAGAAUCACUUAGAAGCGAUCCCAAAGGGCAGUCCCAGAGCCGCAAAUCGCAAGCAAAAGGCAAAUGCCACUCCCUCUGAAAAACUAGCCAAAGGUUGGCCACUCAGCUGGCAGUAUCUGCGACUGGACGAGGGGCCCUGCACCAAAAGCUCGACGAACAUUAGGAGCUCCAGCAAUUUGAGUGCCGCAGCCAGCAGCAGAUCUGAUGGGUGGAGCGAUGUCCGACAGUCAAAGCAAUCGCUCAAUAAAUUAUAAAUCCAGAGUUUGCAAAUAUAAAAAUAAUUUAGACC